UCCGGCGGUGUUCUGCUGUGUGUCUGAGCCGGUGAUGUGAGGCGCACUGCGGGCUGAAGCUGCGGGAGAUGCUCCGCGAUCCGCCGAUGAUGGAGAUACUGCACCUGCUCCACAACACACAUCAUGAUGAGAAAACACACGUUUAACUGAUGCCUCAUCUUCAUCUUCAUCUUCGAUUUGUCCUGCUCUUCAUCCUCAUCAUCUGAUCUCACUGUCAGUCUGAUGGUCACCUGCGCGCCACGAAGAGGAUUUAACUCAUGACAGAUGGAUUUUUCCUCCUGAUUUCCUCAGAAUCCCUUCAUCUUUUAUUGGUUUGGGAGAACAGAAGACUGUUUCCUCAGAUCCGAUGGUUUCAGUCGCUCUUUGCUGAUAUCUGGAUCCAUCAUUUAAGGAGACUCAGCGGUGAACAUGAGAUCACGGGUUCCUCUGCAGAUCCUGCUGUAUGCCACGGUCAUCAGAAGUCUGAAAGUGGUGUCCAAGCGCGGCUCAGUGGAUGGCUGUACGGAUUGGUCUGUGGACUACCUGAAAUACAGAGUUCUGCUCGGGGAGCCUGUGAGGAUUAAAUGUGCUUUAUUUUAUGGAUACAUCCGUGCGAACUACACACAUGCUCAGAGCGCCGGACUCAGUCUGAUGUGGUACAAGAGCGCGGGCCACGGAGACUUCGAGGAGCCCAUGUCAUUCGACGGGAGCCGGAUGAGUAAAGAAGAGGACUCCAUCUGGUUCAGACCGGCCGAGUUACAGGACGCCGGACAUUACUCGUGUGUGUUGAGGAACUCCUCGUACUGUAUGAAAGUGUCGAUGUCGCUCACGGUGUCCGAGAACAACAUGGGUCUUUGCUUCAACUCCAAGAUGAGGUACUUCGAGAAGGCCGAGCUGAGUAAGAGCAAAGACAUCUUCUGUCCUGAUAUCGACGACUACAUACAGACCGGAAAAGAGCCAGAGAUCACAUGGUACAAGGAAUGCCGGCUGAAGCAGUGGAGACAGAGCAUCGUGAGGAAGACGGAUGUGCUCUCCAUCAGAGACGUGCGGGAAGACGACAUCGGGAAUUACACCUGCCAAUUACAGUUUGGGAGUUUCGUGGUGAGGAGGACCACCGAGCUGUCCGUCACAGCACCGCUGACUGACAAGCCUCCCAAGAUCCUCUACCCGUCUGAAAAUAAGAUGAGCGUCAUGGAGAUGCAGCUGGGAAUCCCCAUGAACCUGACCUGCCGAGCAUUCUUUGGCUACAGCGGAGAUGCGAGUCCUCUCAUCUACUGGAUGAAGGGAGAGAAGUUCAUUGAGGACCUGGAUGAAAGCCGAAUCAGAGAAAGUGAAAUCAAAACUAUUAGGGAGCACUUGGGAGAGCAGGAGGUGUCCAUCUCGCUGACCAUAGACGCCGUGGAGGAGACUGACCUGGGUAACUACUCCUGUUAUGUGGAGAACGGCCAUGGCAGACGACAAGCCAACAUCCAACUCAGCAAGAGGGCAGAACUCAUGUAUACAGUGGAGCUGGCUGGAGGUUUGGGAGCCAUUCUACUGAUGUUGAUAUUUUUGGUGUCCCUGUAUAAGUGUUACAGAAUUGAGCUCAUGCUCUUCUACAGAAAUCACUUUGGCAGUGAGGAUGUGGAUGGAGAAAAUAAAGACUACGAUGCAUACGUGUCCUACACAAAAGUGGAUCCAGACCAGUGGAGUCAGGAAACCAGAGAGGAGGAACGUUUUGCUUUGGAGAUUCUGCCAGAUGUUCUGGAAAAGCAUUAUGGGUAUAAACUCUUCAUUCCUGACAGGGACUUGAUACCAACUGGAAGUUUCAGCAAUGAUCAUUUCCAGGACGACACAAGACUCCUUAGAGCGUAUAUUGAGGAUGUGGCUCGCUGCGUCGACCAGAGCAAACGGCUCAUUAUCGUGAUGACGCCCAACUACGUGGUGAGGCGCGGCUGGAGCAUCUUUGAGCUGGAGACGCGGCUGCGCAACAUGCUAGUCAGCGGCGAGAUCAAAGUCAUCCUCAUCGAGUGCGCCAAGCUGCGGGGAAUCAUGAACUACCAGGAAGUGGAGGCUCUCAAACACACCAUCAAACUGCUGACAGUCAUCAAGUGGCCGGGACCAAAGAGCAGCAAGAUCAACUCCAAGUUCUGGAAGCAUGUUCAGUAUGAAAUGCCCUUUAAGCAUCCCCAGCCCAAACUGUUGCAUGAGCAGGUGCUGGACGUCAGUGAACAGGGCCCAUAUGGAGAGCUCCAGACCGUCUCUGCCAUCUCUAUGGCCGCGGCCACCUCCACCGCCAUGGCCACAGCGCAUCCCGAACUGCGCUCCACCUUCCACAACACGUACAACACGCAGGUGCGGCAGAAGCACUACUACAGGAGCUAUGAGUACGAUAUUCCCUCGUCCGGCACCCUCCCACCGCUGUCCUCACUUGGCAGCCAGCACAUCUACUGCAACAUCCCCAUGACACUGCUGAAUGGCCAGCGAGUGCAGGGGAAGCCAGGCCGCGAGCAGCAGCAGGCCCUGGAGGAGCAGAACGUCAACAACGCCAUGCUGCCGCUGCUGCCCCGCGAGACCAGCAUUUCCAGCGUGAUCUGGUAAUGCUGUCGGGAAGAGACGUUUUUCUGCUAGUGGCACUUAUUAGGACCCUUACAAACUGCUGCUGUUGACUUUGCACCGUGAUUCACAUGCAGUGGGCGGAAACCGAAGGGACAGUUUGAGGGGACACUGAUAGCACAUGUACAUCACAGAGAUGUCUAUUUGACAUCUGCAUUUAUAUCUGCAAGAUGCAUUUUUCUGAGUAUUUGCUCAUCUGCAAUAUGUCUAUAGGAAGUUUCCUAUUAGAUGUCAAAUAAACAUCUUAAAAACAUCUUAUAGAUGAUCUUUGAUUUAGAAUGCGUGUAAAACUGAUAUCUUACAUAAGUCUGUCAGAUGUUUGUACAGCAGAUGCUUUCCAGAUCAAACGACCUUAACAGAUGGGCAGAUGUACAUGUGCUAUGUGGGGAGGUUAGUUCUCUCACAGACCGCUCCUUUAUACUCUCUCAAGGAAUACAGGGUCUUGUACAUAUGUUUGUGGUUUCUUUGUAUAAUUGGAUUUUUUUUUUCUUUUGUUUUCUUUUUCAAAUGUUUGAUUUGUACUUUUCCCCUUAUAAAAUGACUGAGCAGAGUCAUGUGAGACAGAGUAAAAGCUGACCUGUUGUGUUUUUCUCUUAACUUGUAGUUUUCAAGUACGAUACUUGUUUUUAUAGAAUUGAUGGCAUUGUGAAUUUUUUUAUUUUUAUUGAUCAGAUGGUGAGGUGAUUUAAAACUUUGAUGAAAAACACCAUUAUGCAAAUGCUUCUGAGGCCUGAAAGUUCUUCUUCUUCCAGAAUGAACGAGCAAGCAGAUGACGUUCAAGAGGGAAAACUAGAUGUCGUUAUGACGCUCUAGUGUCUCUGCUGCUCUCCGUUUCUCUCUAAGCUACUGAGACUUUCUGUUUGAAAAGAAAGAUAACACAGCUUUGCUGUUCAGAUUGUUAGGGACAACUUAAGAAAAUAUGUAUUAUUAUUAUUUUAAAAGAAAAAAUAUAUAUUUUUUAUAACAAAAGGAUUUGCUUGGAAAGAUGCACAGUAGGUCACAUUUAAUUCAUAUCAUUAAUAGAAGCACUGGAGCGACAUUUAAGCUCACCAAUUUCAGAGAGAAAAAAAUUAUAAUGUUUUGAUCAUGGUUGAGCAAGGGAAAAGCACUUGCUGUUUUUAUUUUCCCCACAAUAUUGGCAUUAAUUUCUGAGUGUGCAUAACGAUUAGCUAUGUAUUCAAUUUAUUAUAGUUAUUAUCAAUAAUUCACAUCAGUAAAAGUGCUUACUGUACAAAUCAUUGUCUCUAAAUAAUUACAUGAUUUGUUCUCUUGACUGCACAUUGAAACCUGUUAUCCUCCACUGUAGUGCCUCCUGCUGCUCCACCACAGACGCCAUCCACUGCAUCUCUCACCGUUUCUUAGGUACUGCUUUGACACCACUGCUCUCCAGCUCAUCCGUGUUUCUCGUUCUACUGUAGUGAUCGUAGAGGGGAAGGAACAGACCUGGGCAAGUUUUUACCUCAUUUUAUAUUAAGAGACAGUCCUGUGUUGGUCACUAGGGGCAGCUUACAUACAUUGAGGGAAGAACAGUAGAGGGUCGAGUGAAUGUCUGGUGCAUUUACAGGGAGGUCAGUUAUUCACUCCUCUUAUGCUGGACAGUCCAGGCAUUUCUUUGUGAAGCGGCCCCAACACGCACAGCCAAGACGUUCAGUUUAGCGUUAGACACCAUGUCUUUUAUUAGCCUCACUGUCAGUUUAAUGAAGGCUUUUUAAACUCUAUUAGCAUGUAAAUUAAGUGAAACCAAAGCUGGCAAUUAGUGAUGGGUACAUGUGUUUUGCCUUCUCAGAUGAACUGGUGGAUAUCCAGGGAAACUGAACCAGGAACUAGUGUAGCUGAAAUGGGUUAUGAGGGGGUAAAAGCAUUGUUGUGCUAAUCCAUUCAGAACAGCAUUACAUCAUCUCCAGACCCCAUGUCCUGUUCACAUUGUUUAUUUGAUCAGCUGUGCCAAAAGAGUCCUUUUUGUAAUACAAGGAACAGAUUAUAUGCAAAAAUCUGUAACUCUCACAGGUGGCAAAAAAAAAAAACUAAGCAAAAAAAAAAAAAAAAAAAAAAAAA